AUGAGAUUAAGUUCAACUUUAACAUGGUUGGCAUUAUCGCUGACCAUUGUGUUGGCAGUCGUUUCUGCUCAAGAUAAUAACAACAUUUACAAUAACAACAAUACUUGUUAUGUCUCAAACACAGUGACAAACUGUCAGACAGCAACAUCCAACAUAACCAAUAACAUAUGUCCAAGUGUAUCUGAUUGCUGGACAUUGAUGGUUGGUCCACUCAGAAGAACACUGACCAACGCAGUUUACAUCAAGGUACAGCCUGGCGUCUAUUCUGAAGAGACAAUCAUCUCAAACUUCAAGAGUGUGAUGCCCUCUCUUGAGAUCUCUGCUGUGGACCCAUCUGACCGUCCAGUUUUGAAUAUUAAUGUUCAAUCCUUCAUCAACAUUGAUUUGGCUCAAUACACCAAUCCGAUCAAUGUCUCCCUCCUUGGUCUGAUCAUUGUGGAUAAUGUUGGAUCCACUGAGAAGGAUAUGAUCAGGGUCCAGGCCGACCCACAGGCUACCAUUGGCACCUCUAAUUUCACCUUUAUCAACUCUACCAUCACAAACUGCAACAGGACCUCUUCAGGCUACUACUACUACAGUCCCUACUCCUGUCUCAAUGUUAAGAACUUUAAUGUUGUGAUGAGAAGAUCCUCCGUGACCAACUCGACUGCAUUAUCCAACCCUGUCGUCUCACUGAGAUCCGAGAAAGCAGUUGUCGAUCACUCCAGCUUCACUGACAACACCGGUACCUCUCUUCGUUUCGAUGGCAACAACUUUGGUUCGUUGCAUCUCAGCAACUCCAAGUUCGUCAACAACAUUGGCGCAGCAUUCAAGUUGGACGAAAUGGGCUCACUCGCCAAGGUCGAGGUAGAUAACUGUGUGUUCCACUCCAACAGUCCAAACAUGGGACCAGGCUAUGGUGGUGCAGUCUACAUUGGCUCUUCAUCCUUCAACGUCAACUACAUCUUUAAGAACAAUGUAUUCUCCAAUAACACAGCCUCCAGUGGGUCCGCUGUCUACUCCACAACCUCAGGCAGCGUUUCAUUCCAGAGCUGUAACUUUACAAACAACCAUGGUGAUAUGGGUACCAUUUACAUCUCGACAUAUUCCUACUCUGGUGCCUCUCUUGGUCUUGUUGGCUCUCAGUUUAUGAACAAUCAUGGUACCUAUAAUCAAGGAAUUGAUUUGUACUAUAACAAUCCCAUUGAUAUCGAGGGUGGUAUCUUCCAUACCCCAAGAGAACCAAUGUUCGCCGCCUUCCCAACAAACUCAUUGGCCACUGUCUCCAUGUAUGUUGAGAGCUUCAUGAGCUGCAAGACCACUGAUCAGUCUGUGUACGUUGGCGAGGACUCUGGCUGGGCCUGUCUUCAGCUCUCCUACAACGGUGACUCAUCAUCCUACAACAAUGACGAUGGAUACACUCUCUACAUCUGGCAGGCAAUCGUCUCUUCCAUCAUCCUUGGAUUGACCUUCUUGGUUUCAAUCGGAUGUAUCGUUCGUGAGUUGCUCAAA